AUGAUUGCUGCCGCGCCGGGCGAGCGUCUUCCGCCGUUCCCGUCCCCGACUCACUCGGAGCAUGGUGGCAAUGGCACCAAGCCAUUCAAUACCGUUGCAAGCACUCUGGCCAGGGUCCGUGACGGCGAUGACUUGCACGAUCCUGCGGCUGUGAUGUCCUUUAAUCCUCCGCGGCCAACAUGGGACGCCAAUAGGCUAGGACGAACCAUCACGACUGGGGGCGCCAACGCCUACCACCCCAGCGGGUUGCGAGACUUCACGUUGCGGGAGCUGGCAUGCUUACAGGGCUUCCCGGAAAAACACCGCUUCGUGGGGACCAAAACAAAGAUUCGGCGGCAGAUCGGCAACGCCUUCCCGCCGAACACGGUAUAUGUGCUAUACAAGCACCUGCACGAGUGGCUGCUCCGCCAGGAUAAUAUACUUCGGGGACGGGAAGUGUUGUUUUUAGCGAUGCAAGAGUUUCGCCAGAUAUGGAAGAUGUCGUUAUGGGGACGGCCGACGAUGAUGUAA